AUGGCAGAUAAGAAAAUGCAGGCCGGCCGCUACGCGGCUAUAUUAGUACCGCCCAGGGCAGUUCACCGCACAGCGCAGGGAUCCACGGAUCACCCUCGCAAAGGAGACAGGGCUGCGAUAAAACGAGGGUUGAUUUGGCUAUCUAGAAGUGAGGAAUACAAGGAGGGGAUUGGUGCGUUGCACCGGAGCCCUCGUGCAGGGUUUUUCACCCAGGCGGCCAGGCACGGGCCUUACAGGCACGGGCCACGGCUCACAGGCACAGGCCCCCAGCCUCCGUGGCUCAGCGACUCCCAAGGCGCCACGCCACCACAUCCAUAUCUCCGUGUCCCGUCCGGGCGGCGAGAAGACGGUGAAGGAGCCAUCUUUGAAGCCGAAGCGCCGGCGGGCAUUUUGUCGGUGCGCCUGUCAGCCCCAGAGCUGCGCACCUGGGGGCGACCCCCACGGGCCGGCACCUAUGGGGACCGAGAGAGAUGCUCCUUCUUUGGCUUUGGCAUCUGCUCGUUCGUUGCCUGUGAUCCCUUUGUGUCCAGGUACCUGUCACGGCCAUGGUCAAAGACUAGAACACAGUCAAUUGGCGCUACGAACGAAGAUUCUAAUCUAGGGGAGAAAGAAAGGAAAAAGGGGAUUCCGGUGUUCGGCGCGCGUUCAGCGCGCCUUGAUCAUGGUUCCUCGUGUGGGUCCUCGCCUGUGGGUCAAGGCCUGCGGGCCUUGACCCAGAUCGUCACAGUACCCAGUGCCGGCGCAUUGGAUACCCGGUAA